AUGGAUUACGACCCUGAAAGCGGCCACAGGGCUGGCCAUCCUGCCAAUGAGAAGGAUGUCACGGCCGUUGUAUCUGAUGAUACCUCGGGACAGUCGUUUCCCAGCGGACCAAGGAGUGGUCUGUUGUGGCGACUGCGCAACCUGGAAGCCCAGAUGGACAAGAAGCUUGGUAUUGAAUCCGAAGCCAUCGAACGCAAACAGGAAGAAGACAAGAAACCGGUUCCAUGGAUCGAGCAGUUGACGAUGGCCUUGCUAUGGGCUAGCGGAACCAUGAACACAUCUUGCUUUGCAACUGGAUUUCUGGGUGCUGAGUUCGGACUGAGCCUUAAACAGGCCAUUCUUGUCACAAUCUUUGCCUCACUUCUUGGUGGCGCUGUUACCGGCUACUGUGCAACCUUUGGAGCUGCGACUGGCUUACGACAGAUCAGUGUCAGUCGCUACAGCUUUGGCUGGUGGCCCAACAAACUCAUUGCGCUACUCAACAGCAUCCAGCAGAUGGGUUGGGCGGCUGUAUCAUGUAUCACAGGCGGCCUUGCCUUGACUGCCGUAUCUGACGGCCAUGUCUCCCUGAUUCUCGGUAUCGUUAUUCUGGCUGUGGUUGCAUUGGCCAUCUCGUUUGUCGGACUGAACGCUAUUCUGGUUUACGAACGAUAUGCCUGGUUCAUCUUUUUCGUCAUCUUUAUGAUCAUUUUUGGCGAAACUGGACGCUUUGCAGACAACACCUCGCCACCAGCUGCCACAGGUGCUACCCUUAGUGGUGCUAUUCUCAGUUUGCUGGCUAUUGUGUACGGUUCAAGCGCCUCUUGGUGCACCAUGGUCAGUGAUUACUAUGUUCACUAUCCGGCCAAUGUCAGUCGAGUUAAAGUCUUUGUGAUGACUACUCUUGGAAUUGCGAUUCCUACGUCAAUUGGCAUGGUUGCCGGUUGCGUUGUUGCCUCGGCGUUGAACUCGAAGCCCGAAUGGAGCGAUGCAUAUGACGAGGGACUGGGUUAUCUGAUCCAAACAAUGCUGUACCCACGAGGAUUCGCAAAGUUCUUACUGACACUGCUCGUUCUAUCCGGUAUCAACACCAAUGUCAUCAGUAUUUACAGCGCUGCUAUUUCCUUUCAGCAGCUCUCGCGACCCUUUGCUCAAAUCCCCCGAUUCAUCUGGACAAUCUUCUGCUUUCUCUGCAUUCUUGCCCUGGCUGUCGGCGGCAGAGAACAGCUGAAUGCCUACUUGCAAAACUUUUUGAGUCUUCUUGGAUACUGGUGCACUAGCUACGCCAUCAUCUUAUUCCAAGAGCAUUUCAUCUUCCGAAAGGGCAAUUUCAACAACUACGACCUUGAUGGCUGGAAUGAUCCCGCAAGACUACCCAUCGGUAUCGGAGCUUCGGUUGCAUUCGGCCUCGGCAUUGUAUCCUGGGUUAUGGGCAUGGACGAAACUUGGUACAUCGGACCUCUUGCGAAGACCAUUGGAGAUUACGGCGGUGAUGUUGCCAACGAGUUUACGUUUGUGGUAACGGCAUUGACCUAUGCGCCGGCCAGAUAUCUGGAAUUGAAGUUCUUCGGCCGGUAA